GCAAAUGCGUUCAUCGCCGUUAACCGAUGGAAGCGAAGCCGGAAUGGGGGAAAUCAAAAACGAGAAUCUGUGCCCACGCAAUCUCCCCCAUGUCUGCAUGUGACGACACGUCGUUUGCGAAAUGGAGAAUCGCUUAAGUUAGCGUCUUCGACACUCAUCUCUUCCACAAAAGGAAUCAAACACCUUCUUCUACAACUGCAACUGCAACUGCAUCAAGUAGACGACGCAAACUCUGAAGAAAAAAAAAAAUGGAAAACCUCCAUAACCACAGGGGCAUUACGAAUGCCAAUACUGGACCUCCACGUGGCUUUACCGAUAUUUUCAGGAGAGAGUUGGGCUUCUCUCAUCCCAACGCUUUUGCGCGUCGCUUUUCAGCUUCCGAGGUGCUUGUGAAGAGCUUGAAUUUAUACGGGAAGUUAGAUGGUCAUGGAGGGUGUGUGAAUGCAGUGGAAUUUAACUCCACUGGUGACCUUCUUGUAUCUGGUUCUGAUGACCGACAAGUAAUGUUAUGGAAUUGGGCAUCCAAAGCUAGAUUGCUUGCUUACCCAUCUGGCCACACAGACAACAUAUUCCAGACAAAGAUUAUGCCAUUUUCCGGUGAUUGUCGAAUAAUAACUUCUGCUGCUGAUGGCCAGGUAAGGCUUGGCCUUUUCCGGGAGGGUGGUGGAGUUGAGACUACAUUGUUGGGGAAGCACCAUGGUUGUGUAUACAAGCUUGCUGUGGAGCCUGGAAGUCCCCACAUAAUUUACAGUUCUGGUGAAGAUGGAUUUAUUCAACAUUUUGAUUUGCGAAGUAAUUCUGCUACAAAACUUUUCUGUUGUUCCUCAUCAACAGGAAAACAGACUCCAAGCAAAAUAGGGUUGACUUCCAUUGUGAUUGACUCUAGAAAUCCGUAUUACUUUGCUGUUGGUGGUUCUGAUGAAUAUGCACGUGUUUAUGACAUAAGAAAAUGCCAAUGGAUUUCAGCUAGAAAUUCAGAUCAACCUGUUAAGACGUUUUGCCCUCGUCACUUGAUUGGUUCAAAUAAUGUCCAUAUUACAGGAUUGGCUUAUUCAAGCUUUAGUGAACUCCUUGUUUCUUAUAAUGAUGAGCUCAUUUAUCUGUUUCAAAAGAAUGAGGGCAUGUGUUCUUCGCCUUCAUCUGAGGAUUUGAAGAAUUCUAAUGAGCCACAAGUUUACUCAGGCCACAGAAAUGCACAGACAAUUAAAGGAGUGAAUUUUUUCGGCCCGAAUGAUGAAUAUGUCUUGAGUGGUUCAGAUUGUGGUCAUAUAUUCAUCUGGAAGAAGAAGGAAGCUAAGCUGGUGAGAUUAAUGGUAGGCGAUCAACAUGUUGUAAAUCAACUUGAGGCCCAUCCUCAUAUACCUAUCCUUGCUACUUGCGGUAUAGAAAAAAAUGUGAAAAUCUGGGCUCCUCAAUGGAAUGAUAUACCUCCACUUCCUGGAAAUGUGAAAGAGAUAAUGGAGGCAAACAGACAAGGCAGAGAAGACCGAUCACGAGUAACCCUUACCCCUGAUGUUAUAAUGCAUGUUCUUCGCCUGCAGAGGCGGCAGACAUUGGCAUAUAUUGAAAGGAGAUAUAGUAGGGCAGAUAUUGUGAGUGAUGACGAGGAUGCAGAGGGCUACCUUUUAGGACGCUUGGAUGGUGAUGCUUCUUCUGAAGAGGAUUCUCCUGGAAAUUCCAGAGAUUGCAACAUUAGCUGAAGCUUACAGUCGGGUUUGGCUUCUUUCGCUGACUAAUUCCUUAGAAAUACUAAAUGAUAUUAUUUUCACUAAGCAGUACCAUAUACAUGUCUGGAACGUGUGCUAAUAAACAUCAUUAGGCAAAACAGUGCAGAGGUGUAAAAUCUGGAUUGUUCAAAGUUGAAGUUUAGGCAGAUUGUUUUUAUAUAUAUUUCAUAUGUACAGGUAUAAAUUUGUGUUGGUAAUUAAAGCAAGUGUACAUUUGAUACUGUAGAAAUAAGUGAAUAACCCUACUCUUGAUUUUAUAAUGUUGAAUUUAACGGUUUUGGUAA